CGCCGGAAGUCCGGCGGGCUCCGGGCGUCGAGAUGGAGGAGGGCGAGUACGAGUCGGUGCUCUGUGUCAAGCCGGAGGUCCACGUCUAUCGCAUCCCGCCGCGAGCCACCAACCGUGGUUACAGGGCCGCGGAGUGGCAGCUGGACCAGCCGUCAUGGAGUGGCCGGCUGCGGAUCACUGCGAAAGGGCAGGUGGCCUACAUCAAGCUGGAAGACAGGACCUCAGGAGACCUCUUUGCUCAGGCCCCGGUGGAUCAGUUUCCGGGCACAGCCGUGGAGAGCGUGACGGAUUCCAGCAGGUACUUCGUCAUCCGCAUCGAAGAUGGAAACGGGCGCCGGGCGUUUAUUGGAAUCGGCUUCGGGGACCGUGGCGACGCCUUUGACUUCAACGUUGCGUUGCAGGACCAUUUCAAGUGGGUGAAACAGCAGUGUGAGUUUGCGAAACAAGCCCAGAACCCUGACCUGGGCCCCAAGUUGGACCUUGGCUUCAAAGAGGGCCAGACCAUCAAGCUCAACAUCGCGAACAUGAAGAAGAAGGAAGGAGCAGCUGGGACUCCCCGAGCCCGGCCUGCCAGCACAGGGGGCCUGAGCCUGCUUCCCCCGCCUCCAGGGGGGAAAGCCCCCACCCUGAUCCCUCCCCCUGGCGAGCAGCUGCCUGCGGGGGGGCCCUUCGGCCAGACAGCAGUUGCUCCCAGCUCAGUAGGAGGUGCCACCGUGUCCUGGCCGCAACCCAAGCCUGCCACUCCUGCCACCGCCGAUGUCUGGGGAGACUUUACCAAGUCCACAGGGUCGAGUUCCAGCCAGACUCAGCCAGGCACAGGCUGGGUCCAGUUCUGAUCCGAGCGCAGCCCUUUUUUUCCUCGUACAACUUCCCGGAAGGAGCCGCCUCACCUGGGCCGAAGGGAGGAGGACGUAGCGCUCCGCGGCCAGCCGCUGUUGGGAGCAUGACUCUCUCCUCCUCGCCUGACUUUCUUGCCAGUUUGGCGUGUCUGGCAGUGAACUAGCACCGUGUCACCCUGUUGCCUGGGGUGCAGGUAUGCAGCCUGAACACGGGAGGAGAAAAACUCCAGCGUCCCUGUCUCUCUGUUCUCUUGACGUGAAAGACUCCGAGACUGUGGCUUCCAUCACAGUGACCCGUAUUAAACACGAGCCCCCAAAGCAAAAAGGAUGGGGUUGAGUGUGCUGCCUGGACUCACAUCGGCCCUUCUCAGUGGUUACAGGCAUCACGUGAUCAGCGUCCAGGAGGGUUUUGUGCACCCCCACUGGCUGGAGCUCCGUCAUGCAAGGUGCUUUCACAGGGGGGAUUCCUUCCUGAUCGCUGGCAGGUUUAUGGGCUGCAGCCUGAACAGAUAAUCACGAGGGGAACCAGAAGUAUUAACCAGCUUUUUAAACCUUUUUUAAAUAAUUGCUUUGCUAACGUGCUGAUCUGCACUAACUGAUCCUUGCAAAGGGGGUGGCUGCUGCAAUAUGCCCCGGCUGGGGCCCCUGAAAGCAUUCCAUGGCGUGGGCCGCCGGAACCGUGCCAAGCCUUGGAGAGCAGUGUUCGUCGUGGCCAAGCGGCCUGGUGGCCGGGUGUCUUGGGCCAGGCUGGCUGUGCAGGGCUGAGGCAGGCUUGGCUGGCGGCCAGGUGGGAGAAUGUUCGAGCAGGAAAGUGGGAACCGUUCUUGUGGAGGUGGGGGGGCCUGCCUUCCUGCACGCCGCUGGCUCCAUGGGUGGUUUCCGAAAUGCCUGGUCUGCAGAUAGCCUCUGACCUUCCUUUUCUCCUGCAGAGGCCGUGCGUGGCAGACAGGAAGGGGUUCUGUGCGAACCGGAGGUCUAGGGUUGCCUGUAGUACUGGUUUGUAAGGUGUAAUUUUGUCUGAGCACACCUCUGAAUUUGCUUUUAUUGACAUAAUUUACCUCUUAGUUGAAAGAUCUAUUUUUUGAAGGGUCAAGACGAUGAAAUGAAAACAAAGUGUUGGCCUUUUUGUGGGACCAGAUUCCUAAGAUAAAGAACUAAAUAUUUUUA